AUGUCGGCUGAGAUUUCGAUCGGUGACGAAAUCAAGGAUGGUUUCAAGGAAACCUUCAAAUGGGUUCAAAACAACAUCAAAUGGCUUUCAGAGCUAGAAUCCUUCUACAGAGAGCGAGCAAAACUUGAGAAGGAAUAUAGUGCCAAACUCGCGCAUUUGACGGGUGAAUAUUUCAGCAAAAAAAGUGCUUCUACAGUUUCGUUGUCAGUAGGUGAUACACCAACAACAACUCCAGGCUCACUAGAAGCUGCAUCUUUAGUGGCCUGGAACGAGAUUUUAUCCCAAACAGAAAAAAUGUCGCAAGACCACAACCAAUUGGCUCAGGAAUUCGAAUUUCAAGUCGGCGACCAGCUUGUAGCGCUAAGCAGGAAAUGCGAACUUCUGGCAUCAACAAUCAACGGUUCCAAUAACGCGUUGGUUGAAAAGCGCGAUAAGGCAUAUUCGGCGCUUGAGAAGGCCAAGAAAACGUAUGACGAGAAGUGUGCUCAAAUGGAGAGUGCGCGGGCCAAACAGACCAAAUCUUCCAGCGAUAGAUCUCAACGUAAGGCCGAUGACAGAGAGCAUGAGAUGAAUAUAGCCAAAAAUCAAUAUUUGGUCAAAAUAAAUCAAGCUAACAGAAUCAAGGACAAGUACUAUUUCCAAGACGUACCAGAAGUACUGGACUUGUUGCAAGAUUUGCAUGAAAGUCGUACGCGCUCCUUGAAAGCUAUAUGGACGUCAGCCAGCUCUGUGGAAAAAGAAAUGUGCAAACGAAUUGACGUGAGACUAUCCACGGCAGACUCGGUGGUAGCGCAAAACAAACCAGGAUUGGACUCGACAAUGUUUGUCAAGCACAAUUUGAAAGACUGGAAAGAACCUGCUGACCUCCAGUAUGUGCCCUCCUCUGUCUGGCACGACGAUGAACAGUUUGUAGUAUCGUCAAACGCGGAAUUGCAAGACCUGAGAGUUAGGCUAGCAAAAGCCCAGCAAAGUUAUGAACAAAUGAACGGUUUCGCGGGCUCGGAAUUAGAAGAUUUGACGUCGCUUAACAAACAGAGACAAAGUGUUAAAUCACAGGAUACUGCAAACGGGGAGCAAGCAUUGGCGCUACUUUCUAAGUAUGUGAGGUCUUUGACGUCUUACACGUCUCACGAGUCUGCAAAGCUCGAGGCGCUUGUUGAGAUUGAAAGUAUUCAGAACAAUGUGCCCGAGGAGCAUGAUCUGAAUACUGAUGGGAUCGACCUGGAAAAGUUGGGCAAAAAGUCCGGAGUUUUCAACAGAUUCAAGAGAAGCCUGACAAUGUCCUCUGACAAAAAAAGCGUACGGGAAGACACAGCGGACAUGUCAUCGGCCAUAUCAUCUGAAUCCAAAGGAAAACAAAGUCACCACCACUUAUCUUUUUUGCGGGGCAGAAGACAAGCCAAGACUAAUGAAUCGAGUUACUCUAUGAAUACGGGAAGCGACGUGAAUAGUUUUGUCGAGCAAGCAGGCUCUACAAAGAAUGCCGUCUUGUACGAAUAUCAAAAACAGGAUAACGAUGAAGCAAGUAUUGCACUUGGUGACAUUUUCUCAGUCUUGACUUUAGACACGGGUAGUGGCUGGACAAAAAUUAGGAACGAAAAUACGGGCGAAACAGGACUUGUUCCAAGUAGCUACAUCGAAGUGCGUGAAAAGCCUCGCACGAAUGCUCCUCGCGCUCCGCCACCCAGAAAGUCCGCUGCGAGUAGAACAGUGGAAGCUAUCUAUGCAUAUGAGGCUGAGGAUGACGGAGAGCUGUCCAUUCAGGCAGGGGACAUCGUUGCUGUUCUGCGGGAUGACGAUGGUAGCGGCUGGACCUUUGGUGAGAUCCGUGGGGCUAAAGGUUUGUUCCCAACCAGCUAUUGCAAGUGA